AUGGGUGAUAAGAAGAGUAAAGAAAAGCAGCAGCUGUUUGAACCAUCAUACUGGCAUGUGACCGGUGAUAGUGCCCAAAGCAUUAGCAAAGCAAAAGAGAAAGCUAAAUACGUAAGCACAAACAGAUGUAAAGUGUAUUUCAAAUGUGAGAAUUUGCAGAAUACAGGAAGUUUUAAAGUUCGUGGAGCGUACAAUGUAAUGGCUUUAUUGACGAGUUCUGAGAAAAGCAAAGGGUGCACAGUUUCGGGCGGACGAAAUUUUCUUUCGGCUAUGACUUACUGUGGCUUCCGUGAGUCUGUGCCGAUCAACGUGGUCGUGCCCAAGGACUGCCCCAUUGCGGAGAAACAGCGAUACAAGGAGAACUUCGGAAUUGUCAAAGUACACGGCAAUGAUGGAAACGAAGCCAGCCUCGAUGCACUCUCAUACAGCGAACAGAUCGGAUCUAAAUACAUACAUGGGUAAUAAACACUGGACCUGAUGGCGGGUUACGGGACAGUUGGGUUGGAGGUGUUGACGCAGUUGGACCGGCUCGACGCCAUCAUCUGCCCGGUCGGCAGCGGCGGGCUCGUCGCCGGCAUCAUCGUCGCCGUCAAGACGCUCAAGCCCAACACUUUGGUUUAUGGAGUGGAAAGCGCAGUCUCCCCUGUAAUGACGCACGCACUAGCUGAGAAGAAGCCGGUGAUGGUGCACGGCGACCCCAGCAUCGCCGACAGCCUGGCGCACUUCAUCGCCAGCAACAACGCCUUCAACGUCAUCCGGGGCUACCUGGACAGGAUGAUAACGGUGGAAGAAGUGUGGAUAGCCCGAGCAAUAAUCACGCUGUUGGAGCGAGAAAAGCUGAUAGUGGAGGGCGCUGGAGCUUGCAGCGUGGCCGCCAUACUCGCCAACAAGGUGCCAGAGCUUCAUGGGAAGAAUGUGGUGUGCAUCCUCUCCGGCGGGAACGUGAACAGCUCCCGUCUUUCGCGGGUCAUUGACCGCGGGCUGGCGGCGGAGGGUAGGCUGGUGAAGUUUAUCACGACGGUGCCCGACGUGCCUGGCGCCAUGGCCAAGCUGCUGGCGCGGCUGUGCGAGGCCGGGGUGGACGUGAGGAGCCUGGUGCCCGAGCGCACCUGGAUGAAGAGGGAUGUCUUCAAUGCUACAGAAUUGUUUACCGGCACCCAACCCCACAUUUUAACAUUCGCCGAGAUAAAGCAAGCGGCUGAAAGGAUCGAAGGUGGAAUCAUACACACUCCACUAUGUGAAGCAAAAAUUAGCAAAUACAUGGACUACGAUAUUUAUCUCAAGUGUGAGAACUUGCAGUACACUGGCAGCUGUGCAGAACGAGGUAUACGGAACGCGUUUGUGGCGAAGUUCGAGGAUCUGAGCAAGCGCGGGGUGAUCGUGCCGUCUGGAGGCAACAUGGCGCUGGCGGCAGCCUACCAUGGCGGCAUCAUGGGCGUGCCGGUGACAGUGGCGAUGCCGGACCGCACCCCGCCGGCGGUGUCGCAGCGCUGUUCCGAGCUGGGCGCCGACGUGGUGCUAGUGGGAGACAACGUGGACGAUGCCAUUACCUACGCGCGCAAGGUCUGCAAGGACACUAAGCAGACUUAUAUUUGCUCGGACGACCCCCUAGUGAUGGCAGGCCUGGGCACGAUAGGGCUGGAGAUAGUGACACAACUGCCGGAGGUAGACGCCGUCAUCGUGCCCGUGUCCGCUGGGGGGUUGCUAGCCGCCGUGCUCAUUGCGUGCAAGAAACUCAAGUGCUCCUGUCUUGUCUAUGGUGCAGAAUGCGCGAAGGUGCCGAAGAUGAUGAAAGCCCUGCAGGCCGGCGAGCCAGUGUCAACGCCCGUGGUGCCCAACCUGGCUGAUGGGCUCAGCGCGUCCAUCGUCGGUAACAACGCCUUCGCCACCAUCAGGGGCCGGCUUGACAGAAUGUUGGUGGUGGACGAGACGUACAUAUCGCGCGCGUUGAUCGGCAUGAUCGAGCGGGAGCGGCUGGUGGCCGACGGAGCUGGCGUGUGCGCAGUCGCCGCCGUCAUUCAGGGACUCGUGCCGGAGCUCAAGGGGAAACGUGCGGUGUGCAUAAUAAGCGGCGGGAACAUAGAAUGCGGUAAACUAUCACGCAUGAUCCAGCGCGGGCUGGGCGCCACGGGUCGGUUGCUGCGGUUCGCCGUGGCCGUGCCCGACCACCGCUCGGGAUUGGAGAAGCUGGCUCAAGUCGUGGCCAACGAGAACGCCGUGCUCAAGAGCGUUGUUACAGAGCAGCUGUGGCUGCAUAGUGACGUUGGCUCUACUUGGGCAAAUGUUGUGGUGGAAACAGCAAAUGAAGAGCAUUCUGCCAAUAUCAAGGACAGGCUACGAGAGGUCUACCCUUCAGCCAGAUUUGCAGUUUCAGAUCUUGAUUAUAAACAUAAGUCACGUUAACCAUAUUGUAAUGUGUAAUGGAUGUAAUGUA